AUGCUCUGCGGUUUCAGAAUGACUCGCUAUGAUGUGGUAAUUUAUGGAGCGACCGGAUUCACCGGCACAUAUAUCGUGGAACGAAUGGGUGUCACGUUCGCAGUUGCUGGCCGAAAUCGAUCAAAACUUCAACACACUCUAGAGACGGUCUCAAAAAAUACGGGUAAGGAUCUCAAAUCAACGCCGAUCAUAAUCGCCGACUCAUCAGAUGAGACAUCGCUGGCUGAAAUGGCCAAGCAAGCCAAAGUCAUCUUGAACGCAGUUGGACCGGCGGCUGUGGAGAAUGGGGCCAGUCACGUCGACAUUUCCGGUGAACCUGCGUUCCUCGAGAAGAUGCAGAUGCUUUAUGGAGAGAAGGCCAAGGAAAAGGGCGUUUAUGUGGUUGGUGCAUGCGGCUGGGAUUCAAUUCCAUGCGAUAUGGGAGUGAAUUUCGUGAAAGAACAUUUCGACGGCGAUGUCAACCAUAUUGAGACAUUCGUCCAAAUGAACAGCGGACCAUCUGGUUAUGCGAUUAACGAGGGUACCUAUCAGACAUUGAUUCUUGGCAUCAGUGAAGCAGCCAAGGAUGGUCUUGGAAAGAUUCGACGUGCAAUUAUGCCAGAGAAGAUCGUGAAGGGAGCAGCGAAACCACCAAAGAGAGGUACAGUAUGGCACAUCCAGGAGGAGGAACUUGAAGGAUGGGCAGUACCAUUCAUGGGCUCGGACAAAUCGAUCGUAAAUCGUUCACAGUACUACGACGCUACCGUUAAUAAGAAGAGACCUGUGUAUGUAGAGACGUAUCUUCGAGUCGGCUCGCUAUUUUGGACCUGUCUUCUGGCAAUAUGGCUGACACUGUUCGCUAUUCUUGCUCAGUUUGCAUUUACGAGGAAAUUUCUGCAACAAUACCCGGAUCUCUGCAGUUUUGGCUUGUUCAAGAGAUCCGGACCGACUAAGAAGCAGAUGGAAGAAGCCUCUUUCGUGUACUGGUUCUUCGCCUACGGUUACUCCGAUCGUAAGCCACUAGAGGAGCAGCACAGUGGCAAGCCAAAUCAGAGGAUGGUUGUCACUUGCAAAGGACCAGAUGCAGGUUAUAUGGCAACCAGUGGAUGUGUUCUUUCAGCUGCAUUGGCUUUAAUUCGUGGAGAAAAUCUUCCUCAGGGAGGCGGUGUGUUCACGACAGCGUCAGCAUUCGCCAAAACUCAGCUCUACUCAUACCUCGAAUCCUUCGGCAUUACCUUCCAGGUGGAAACCCCAAAGUCCCAUAUCUAG